CACAAAUUAAUUCAAAAUGGGAAAACAUUGGGGCUACGAUAAAAAUGAAGACCUUGUCCUUUCAAACCUCAAGGCAUUGGUCAGACUGAACCCUGCGGUUCGGUUAAUCCCCGACGAGAAGGUGGUGUACAACCCAAACACCACUGCCGCCGAUAAGGUGACGAUAAUUUCUGGCGGAGGUGCCGGUCAUGAACCGUUGCACGCCGCGUAUGUUGGGGAAAACAUUUUGGAUGGUGCGGUGAGUGGCGCAAUUUUUGCGUCUCCGUCCACAAAACAGAUAAUGGCUGCAAUUCGCAAGUGUACCAACACCAAGAAGAAUGGCACCCUUAUUGUGGUGAAGAACUACACCGGGGACAUUCUCCACUUUGGGUUGGUGGUUGAGCGGGCCAAGGCCGAGGGCUACACGGUGGAGAUGUUGGCCGUGGCAGACGAUGUAGCUGUAGGUAGAGAGCAGAACAAGAUGGUGGGUCGUAGAGGUUUGGCCGGAACCGCCCUAGUUCACAAGUGUGUUGGGGCCGCCUCCACUGCGGGUGCCAGUUUGGAGUCCAUUGUAGACUUGGGUAGGGCCAUUAAUGAGAACUUGGUCACCCUUGGAGCGUCCUUGGACAGAACUUCUGUUCCUGGAAAGCAAGGAGGACACGACGACGAUGAGGAUGAAGAGGAACAUACUGGACCCAAUGAAGCCGAGUUGGGGUUGGGUAUUCAUAACGAACCGGGUCAUAGACUCAAGCCAAUCCCCAAGAUUGACGAUCUUUUGAAAGAUAUGUUUGAAAAAUUGCUUUCUCCAAAGGAUACCGACCGUCAUUAUGUAGACUUUGACCACGAAAACGAUGACUAUGUCUUGCUUAUCAACAACAUCGGAGGCACCUCGACCCUCGAGUUGUAUGUCAUUGCGGAACAUGUCAUCCAAACCAUCCCACUCAAACGGAAACCAACCAGAAUCCUCAUCUCCGACUUUGUCACGUCUCUCAGCGCUCCUGGAUUCUCGGUAACCUUGUUGAAUUUGACCAAGGCGGGAGGAAAGGCUAAGGAUUUCUCCUCAGAAGAUAUCGUGUCGUUUUUGGAUAAGCCAACCGAUGCCCCUGGUUGGAAACCAAAGCUGUACGACUCCAAGUUGUGGGAAAGUAGUGCUGGCGAUUCCUCCUUUGAUGAAAAGUCUCCAAUGGCUAACCAUGACCCCACUGUCACUUCAUCGCUUGAAGUGGACCCCAAGGUCUUUGAACUGGCCAUUAAGGCUUCCUUGUCGAAGCUUUUGGAAAUGGAACCAAAGAUCACUCACUAUGACACCCAGGUGGGAGACGGUGAUUGUGGAGAAACUUUGGCUGCCGGUGCAAACUCCAUCUUGUCGUGCUUGGAAAAGGGAGAAUUACAAUUGAAGGAUCCAGUGGCAACCUUAUCCAAAAUCACAGAAUUGGUUGAAGAUAGCAUGGGUGGAACCUCUGGUGGGAUCUAUUCUAUUUUCUUGACUGCAUUGGUGAAAAACCUCCAAAAGGCAGAACUGGUAACUGCAUUGACCUUGGGAGAAGCUUUCCAUGGCGCCUUGUAUGAUGGCCUUUUCAAGUACACCAAGGCUCGUGUGGGAGGUAGAACUCUUGUGGAUACCUUGCAGCCAUUUGUAGACUCCUUGAAGGAACAUGGGGAUCUUUCCAAGGCCGUCCAAGAAGCCAAGCGUGGAUGUGACUCUACAACAGACUUACAGGCAAAGUUUGGAAGAGCAAGUUAUGUAUCUGACGAAGAAUUUAAGGACAAGGAUGGAGGUAUUCCAGAUCCUGGUGCCGUUGGUUUGUUGGCAAUGAUCGAGGGAUUUGCUGAAGGAUUGAAAUGAGAUAAUGAAAGACACCUUAUUUGAAUAUAUCUAGUUAUAUAGUUUAAUGAGAUUUUUAGUGGAAGAGGGAUAGUAGACUUGAGGUGUUAAGC